AUGAGACUGUUGGGCCACCUCAGCAUGCUCCGUCCCUUUGGCACCACCGUGAGACGGACUGCCCUAGCCCAGGCCACCGACUCUGAGAACGCCUACCGGCUGCGAGGGACCUAUCCCUACUUCCUGCCAAUUCAGACCCGUUGGCAAGACAACGAUCAGUAUGGCCACGUUAACAACAUAGUAUAUCACGGGUACUUUGACACACUAAUCAACUACUAUCUUAUCAGGUAUUGCGGAUUAGAUGCCAACCGCCAGACCUCGUCGAUAGUGGGGUUUAUCGUGAGCUGCCGAUGCACGUUCCACGCGCCCGUGAUGUUUCCUCAGAACCCAUUGGCUGCCUUAGGGGUGGAAAGCAUUGGCCGUUCCAGCGUGUGCUACCGGCUGGCGCUCUUCAAGCCCCGAGAGGGCCGAGCCCCUCUGCCCUUGGAUUACGACCUCCUCUCCGAUGGCUGCCGUUCCAGCAGCCCCCUACUGGAGGGGUUCGAGACCACGGCCUGCACAACGGGAGUCUCCACCCUCGUCUUCGUGGACCCAGCCAAUGAGAAGCCCAAGGAGCUGCCCGGGUGCCUCAGGAAGCACCUUGAGAGGAUCCUGAUGAAGCCAGCUGAGUGUCCGAGCACCUAA